ACUGCCGCGGGGCUCCAAUGUCAGGGUGUUGGCGAGUACCCGGUGCCGGUCUGGUCCUGCGAUCUCGCUCCACCCCGGCAUUGCGAAUCCUCCUGCGCCCGCUGGCGAACCGGCGCCCAGCCAGCAGCCUCCAGUCGGGGGUGGGAGGGGGAAGCGGUGUGUUCCCCACACCACCCUCUUCCCCACACCACCCCCUUCUGUGUCAACUUUCUGGGUGUGUUCCGGUUUUGCCAUCUCAUCUCCAGAAAGACCGUGAAGGAUUUGUUUUGGGGAUGUGGAUGUGUGAUUGAGGAUGGGGAUUGGAUUCACCAGGCUGGACGCUAGUGUCUAAGUCACUUGGACGAGGUUUGGCACGAUUCCCGAGUAACUGCUGUUGAAAGUCGCGAGGGUGGCGCCUGUGAACUAUCACCGGUCCACUUGGCAGGAUUGCCUUCUAAAGUGGUGACCCCUUGGAGUCGGUGAACCCUUUGGUCGGUGAACGCCCUGGCAUUUCAUCUGGAAAGGCUGAAUCGGUUCUGUCGGACUAAGAAGGCAAUGUUUCCUUCCUGGGCUCUGUAGGUGAAAGGUGAGAGUGUGUUUUAGUAAGAAAAGUGGAAAACCACCAUUACAGAACAAUGAGAAAGAGGGGAAAAAAGAGCGAGCUGUGGUGGACAAGGUGUUUUUCUCAAGGCUCACCCAGAUUCUGAAAAUCAUGGUCCCUAGAACAUUUUGCAAAGAGACAGGUUACUUGAUACUUAUUGCUGUUAUGCUGGUGUCUCGAACAUAUUGUGAUGUUUGGAUGAUUCAAAAUGGGACACUAAUUGAAAGUGGUAUCAUUGGUCGUAGCAGGAAAGAUUUCCAGAGAUACUUAUUCAACUUCAUCGCUGCCAUGCCUCUCAUCUCUCUGGUUAAUAACUUCUUGAAGUAUGGGUUAAAUGAGCUUAAACUGUGCUUCCGAGUAAGGCUCACUAAAUACCUCUAUGAGGAGUAUCUUCAAGCUUUCACAUAUUAUAAAAUGGGAAAUCUGGACAACAGAAUAGCUAAUCCAGACCAGCUGCUUACACAAGAUGUAGAAAAAUUUUGUAACAGUGUAGUAGAUCUGUAUUCAAAUCUUAUUAAGCCAUUUUUAGACAUAGUUUUGUAUAUCUUUAAGUUAACGAGUGCAAUUGGAGCUCAGGGCCCAGCAAGCAUGAUGGCCUACUUGGUUGUUUCGGGGCUAUUCCUAACUCGACUUAGAAGACCCAUUGGUAAGAUGACAAUAACUGAACAAAAGUAUGAAGGAGAAUAUAGAUAUGUUAAUUCUCGGCUCAUCACAAACAGUGAAGAAAUUGCCUUUUACAAUGGGAAUAAAAGAGAAAAGCAGACAAUCCACUCAGUCUUCCGAAAACUGGUGGAGCACCUACAUAAUUUCAUUUUGUUUCGGUUUUCAAUGGGCUUCAUUGAUAGCAUUAUUGCUAAAUACCUUGCCACUGUGGUUGGUUACCUAGUUGUCAGUCGCCCUUUCUUAGAUUUGUCUCAUCCUCGACAUCUCAAGAGUACACAUUCAGAACUUCUAGAGGAUUACUACCAAAGUGGAAGAAUGCUUUUGCGAAUGUCUCAAGCUCUGGGUCGAAUAGUUUUGGCUGGGCGUGAAAUGACUAGAUUGGCUGGUUUUACUGCUCGGAUUACAGAAUUAAUGCAAGUACUGAAGGAUUUAAAUCAUGGCAAAUAUGAGCGCACAAUGGUCUCACAACAGGAAAAGGGUGUUGAAGGAGUACAAGUCAUUCCCUUGAUACCUGGUGCUGGAGAAAUCAUUAAUGCAGAUAACAUUAUAAAGUUUGAUCAUGUUCCUUUAGCAACGCCAAAUGGAGAUGUUUUGAUCCGAGACCUUAAUUUUGAAGUUAGAUCUGGGGCUAAUGUUCUAAUCUGUGGUCCAAAUGGCUGCGGAAAGAGUUCACUUUUCCGUGUUCUUGGUGAAUUAUGGCCUCUUUUUGGAGGACGUCUAACUAAACCUGAGAGAGGAAAGUUAUUUUAUGUUCCUCAGAGACCUUACAUGACCCUUGGAACACUUCGAGACCAAGUGAUAUAUCCAGAUGGACGAGAAGAUCAGAAAAGGAAGGGAAUAUCUGACUUAGUACUGAAGGAAUACUUAGACAAUGUCCAGUUGGGUCAUAUCCUUGAACGUGAAGGAGGCUGGGACAGUGUUCAGGAUUGGAUGGACGUACUCAGUGGUGGAGAAAAGCAAAGAAUGGCAAUGGCAAGAUUAUUUUAUCAUAAACCCCAGUUUGCCAUUUUGGAUGAAUGCACAAGUGCAGUUAGUGUUGACGUGGAAGGCUACAUUUACAGUCAUUGUCGAAAGGUCGGCAUCACCCUCUUCACUGUGUCACAUAGGAAAUCUCUUUGGAAACAUCAUGAGUACUACCUGCAUAUGGAUGGCAGAGGCAACUAUGAAUUCAAACAGAUAACAGAAGAUACAGUUGAGUUUGGCUCUUAGAGAAAUCUGGAGAACUAUACUUGCUUCAAUGAAAUAAUUACGGAAUACACUUAGAAAUGCAAAGUACAUUGUAAAAUAAAGUUGAGCUUGGUUUUUUUUUAAAAAAAAAAAACAAAGCAACAAAUUAGAUAUAGAAUAAUGGAGAACAAGUUGUUAAAACAUUUAAUAUUAUAUAGGAUAUUGCUAAUUGUGUAUAUGUUGGUUUAAUUAUUAAUAUGUACUAAGAAUGUCCUUAUUCUUGUGGUUAAAAACCUGCCUAAAUUAAAUUGGGCUUCAAUCACUGUAACCUGAUUCAUCCUGGGAUGUAAACCAUUUGAAGUCAGCUAAUUGGACUUUUAUGGCUCUAUCUUUUCCUUCAAUGAAGAACCCUGUUUAAAACUGGGUCAUCAUUUGUCCUGUUCUAGCAAGAUAGUCUUGAGUUUCAUUUUCCUGUGCCCCAUGGUAGCAGGAAACAAGUCAUAAUGUAUUAUUUAAAUGUACAACAUCAUUGCAUAACCGCAUUUAUUACACAGUGGCAGAUUUCUUUAGCUGCCACAGUAAUACUCAUUCCUUGUGUGUGUCUUGGAGUGCAUUUCAAUUUUCCUUAACUAAAUGAUAAAUGUACCCCUCUAAGGCUAUGGUAUUGAGUUGUUUGAGGGUUCUUUGUGGUGAUGUAACAAAAGUGUAUGUGCAGUCUUGCUUACAAGGAGGGGUUACCAUGUGUCACACCUAAUCUUCCCAAUGUUUGGGAUAUUAAAACACAAAGUCCUUACAUGCCAGGCUCAAGGUCUUUAUGAGAGUUUUAGAUUUUUUGAAGAAUUAGACAAAUUUGUGUGUUAGAAGCCCAUUAGAAGUGUGGUAGUUAUUUGGUAUUAAACUCCAGAUGAGCCAUAGGAAUGCACUACAUGAAGUAAUGCACUGAGUAUGCAAUGCUAUCACUGUCUUUGACUGUGAUUUUAUGUUUAAAAAUAUGUUCUAAAAUUAUGUAUACAUGGGUGAAUCAUGUUUCUGAGGCACUGUUUUAUCUCCUUGAUCUUGAAUAACUUUUUUAUAUUUGGUUGUUACGUUGAGCUAUCCUAAGAGAAGGUGAUUUCAGCUCAUCAAACCAUCAGUAAAUGACUAGAUGUAUUAUUUGCACAGGGAGAAGUGAAACGGAAUAUAAUCAGUAAGCUAGAUAUGAAAUCAGUUUAUCAAACCUGGGGUUCAGAAAGGGGCAUUUUAUAUUCUUGUUUCUGCAUAACUGGUUUUGUUUUUUGCAGAAUUAACCAUAACAAUCACUGACUACCGAAGUAAAUGUGAUGUACUGAAUUCCAUAAUACAUAAAAUUCAAUUUAUACCACUUCUGUUUAGCGAACUUGUAUACUUACUUAUUUUCUGUUCAGAUUAAAAAAAACAAACUCAGAUAUCCUAUACAACCUUUGCUUGUUCUUUUUUAUUCUGGUAUCUAAAUACUGAAGACUUCAUUUAUAAUUCAGCCUUGACUUAAAAACAUACAUAGUUUAAUGUUGACUUGAAAAACCACAAAAAUAAAUUCAGAAAAUGCUUUUA